CCAUCGCGCCGGCGGUAUUUUUACUGCUAGCUUGGAUUGUAGUGACUGCAUAGCUAUUGAGUUAUGGUGAACGUAUGGUUUUAUCUUCGUCACACAACGGAUGAGUUUACAACAUAGUUCUCAGCCGUUACUCACUUAUUGGAUAAAGUUCACUGUGAGAUACUCAUUUUUCGCACAUGACAACCUUGUUCACGAUUUUACAGCUUGCAGCAUGGUGUUCAAUUCUGGCGGGAUUGCUUCGGCUUCAGCUUGGUUGCCUCUGCUCUACGACACGUAUGUCUUUGGGUUGACGUUGAACCGCACGCUUCCUUCGAUCCGCAAUAAAGAAGCGGGGCAUAUUAUCCGUACUCUUUUUGCAGACGGGCUACUGUACUACAGCGUCAUCUGCACCAUAAAUCUGAUAUUGACAGUCAUGAUUAUCAGAGCUCAACAAGGGGUGAAAAACAUCGCCGCACAGUACGCAUAUCUCCAUCACAGUGUUUGCUCAAAUUUUCAUUGAUUUGCUCGCUGUGCAUAGGCUUGAACUUCUGUGAGUGUUUUUUAUGUAGUAAACCACCAAUAACAGCGAUUGAUUGAGAUGA